AUGGCAACUAUACUGGAGAGAUUGAGGGAGCACUUAAAGAAUGGCGAUAAAUUGACUCUGUUAAACAGUGAGGGACAAAAUACCGAGGACAUUACUGAAGCAAUGACGGUACAAACUUCAUCUAGUGACGGCAGUUCUCAAGAUAGUUUUCGGCUUAAUGAAGAAACGGGAAUUGAGAUUGAUGGCUCACUAGUACAAUUGCGAAUAAUCGUUCAUUGUUGGAUGAAUAAAGACUCUAGUGCCGCAAACUAUUUAGCUGACUGUCAGAAUAAGCAAUUAACUAAUGUGUCUUUUCUGCAAAGGACGGAUUUAAUAAAUUGGCUGUCUGGAAACACGGAAUCAUCUCAAUAUUUAAAAGCAUCUGUUCAAAAUGGCGAAACAUCCGAUAUAAUAAACACAGCAGACAAUGGGGGUAAGUCGUCAAUCGAUGGAUUGCCGAACACAGAAUUGACUACUUCAGAAGCUGUUGACAAUGAUAUUGAAGUAUCUGAUCCAUCCGUAGUGGAAACAAUGAAAUAUGAACGUGUAUUACUGGAUCAUAACUCUGCAUUGCGCGGUGCUAAACCGAUCAACUUUGGCUAUCUAAUAAAAGAUGCAGAAUUAAAAUUGGUUCAAUCGAUUAAAGGAUCUUUGCGUGGAUCUAAAUUGCCUUCUGGUCAUAAGGGAGUUCACAGCCGUAUUUCUAAAACAAAUGAUUCGCCUGGUGGUCCUCGCAAGGACCCAAUCAUUUUGAUUCCUUCAGCUGCAUCAUCAAUCUUAACUGUUGCAAAUAUCAAACAGUUUUUGGUGGAGUCAAAAUAUAUGAAUCCUCGGGAUUUGCCAUCAGCACCAAAUGGAUUGGUAAACAUAGAGAAAAAAUUUGAACGUAUAUCGAGACCAAUCAGGUUCAUCAUAGUCGAUAACACAAGAAUGUUUACUAAGCCAGAAUAUUGGGACAGAGUUGUCGCUAUCUUUACCACGGGCCAUACGUGGCAAUUCAAUAAUUACCAAUGGAAUACACCACAAGAGUUAUUUCAACGUUGCAAGGGCUAUUAUUUCCAUUUCACUGGUGACUCUGUGCCACAACACGUGCAGCAAUGGAAUGUAGAAAAAGUCGAACUUGAUAAAAAUAAAAGAUUUAAAGAUGUGGAAGUUGUCCGUUAUUUUUGGCACAGUUUAGAAAAGGAACUCAUUUCAAGAGGAUAUCGUUGA